AAUAUUACAUCUAAGGAUAUUUAAUAGUAACAUGUAGGAAAAGAUAUACAUUGUAGCUAUUUACAUAAUCAUUAAAGAAAAAUCGAAUCAAAAUGGAUGAAGGUUGUGGUGGAGCAAGGCCUAAAAACCUUUACAACCUUGAGAAAAACAGGAAGACCAAGGAUGGAAAUCCUACAGAAUCCAGUUCCUCCAUUAAACUUUCAGAAACACGUUCAUCAAAUAAAAACAGCCACAAUGACAAACAUAAAUGUAAUGCUAAACAUGUUAAUGUAAAAAACACAAGUUCUAAUGAUAAGAGUUCUUUAUCUAAGGGUAGUUCACAUGAUAUAGUUAAGGCCAAAGAACAAGAAUAUCUUACUGCCAAAGAACGGUGGAAAAAAUCGGGGCUUGCCCUACGUCGUUACAUAGCUGAAAAGUUAGGUUUUAAAAAUGAAAAGAAGAUCAAAGUCCCAGUUUCGGAAGGUGAUACAGAAGCAUCAAAUAGAGAAGUAGUGCCCAGUAAAUCAUCCAACGAAAAGUCACAGCCGUUUUCCACAGCCAGUAUAUCUGAUAGUCAUCUUUACAAGAAACCACUUCCGCUAACUGAGAUGUCUCGAUCCAAAUCUUUUCUUGAGAAAAUUGGUUUUAGACAAGAUAAAAGAACUGUAGAUAAUGCAAAGCAUAAAGCUAAUAACAAUAAGGAUUUUGAACUUGAAGACAUGGAAAACAGCUCAUGUUGUAUGGACCUAAGCACAUGGUCUGAGGGAAGUUAUGGCUUUGGGAGGCAAGAUUGCAGCGAUAUCCAAUCUAGUUGUGAUGGAUUUGUAAAGUCAAGUGGUGCGAAAGCUAAAGUAAAAACUGAUGGGACCCAAUGCAGUGGAACAAGUACAAAGAAAGGUUUAAAACUGAACAGUAGUAAGAAAGAAAAGACUGAGAAAAUAAAAAAUACAACAAAGAAGAGAAAAGAAAAGACCCAAGCAAAAUGCACAUUUGACUUUGUCUCUGAAGGAAAUCUUGCUGGUGGUGAAUUUAUUUAUGAUCCUGUACGAGAUGAAAUCAUUUGCCGUAAAAUAGAACGAGACAGUCCACCUUCGCCACCUGAUAUAGGGUCGCAGAAUGGUGCUAGGUCUAGUCAGCGACACAUGAGCAGUGCAAUGUCAAACGCUGUGGCAGGAUUGCAGUAUGCAAUUCCUUAUCUGCCUGAACGUUUUCGUAGAUUGGGUACUACCAGUGAGACACAUGAUACCAAUACAGAACUUAGUGCUCCUCCAGAAAGUGCCACUAGAUUAGAUCUACAUACUAAGGCAGAAUCAGUAAAUAGUAGAAAUAUUACAAAAACUAAUAAAAAACCUGUUCCUGAAAGGAGGGAUUAUGUAGUUAGGGAUAAUGUAGAUAAAACUGCAGCAAAAGACAAUAAUCUUCCAGUUAAGACUCAUAGGCAAAACAAUAAGCAUAAAAAAGAAAGUGAAGAUGAAGAACAUUGGAAAAAGAGGCUAGAAAGCUGGGCCAAUGCAGGUGCUUCUGUAAAUGAAGUUAGGAGUGAUGAUAAUGAAUUAAAUGGACGCUUGUUUGCAUUGUCAAGCAUCAGAGAUGAGAAAAGUGAUGAUGCACUGUUUGAAAACGAAUAUGCUGGACAGCAGGCCUUUGAGUCUUCGUUAGAAGAUCCAUUCCAUGUUCGAGAGAGAAAUAGGAACAACAGUAUAGACCUUUGUACUGGAUUGUUAGACUUAGUCAAUGAUAUAGACCAGCCUUUGGCAGAUCCCGGAGGUUCAAACUCCGGUGCAAACGUUUGUCAAAGGGCAUUUGAUAGGCGAUUUCUUAAUAAUUCUAGUCAUUCUUCUGUCUCCAACCAUCGCCUUUGUUCGAGUUGUAUGAGAGGCAUCUGUUUGUGUCAUGACGGAUGUUUCGUUCCAUGUGGAGAGGACGGACUGGAGUGUAGAAGCUCGGACGAUGACUUGGACCAGAAAUAUGUUGAGCAGAUCCUCGAGAGGUCUAGGCAUAGAAGCAGUGGCGACUCGUUUGAGUUGUCAUUUAGGAACAAUCUGUCUUCACCUUUGGAAGAGCCAAGUAGCAAAAGCAGGGAUUCGUCUGAUCGACCUAAGUGUGCAUUUGAGGACGUCAGCUCACCAGGAUCAGGUUUUUCAUCAUUGGAUUCGAGCCUGGACGCCGAUGAUGAAUUUGAGUGCGAGUGUGAGCACUGUCAGAUGAUGCGUUCUUCCCACAACCAUUACACUGAACAGCUUGCCUUGACCCAGCCACUUAGCCUUGACCUAUCGGAAAGGUCACAGGGGGGUUAUGCCUCGGCCGGUCAUGAUUCCGGGCUACAUUUCUCGUUUGGCGAUCCGAACAUGAAUUCUCGAUCUGGGGACAGUAGUUUUGAUUCGUUGAGCCGAAGGAUGUUUUUGGAUGACUACGACUACCUGCUCAUGGAGAGACCAGAGAGUGAACUAGACUGGCAUUGGCUCACUAUUGACAACACACCCCUCUCUGUCAUGCUAGAGGACGUGAUCCAACAGAUGCUCUCGGUGCAGCCUGACUUGCUGAGUGAACAGGCUGCCCCGCCAGCCUCAAGCUCUGUCAUUGACAGCCUGCCAACCAUCUGCCUCACUCAGGAGCUCAUAGAGCAGCACCAGUGCUGUGCCAUCUGCCUGUGUCCCUGUGAGCUUGAGGAGCUGAUGACCCAGUUACUAUGCCAACACAUCUUCCAUCCGCUAUGUAUCCAGGCAUGGCUCUGCAAGUCUGGAACCUGCCCUGUGUGCCGUGGUAAGGUUGGUGCGCCCGAUCAGUCGUGAAAGUGUCAUAAGAAAUGUUUACAAAAGCUGAAAAGUGAAAGAUUGUUCAAGAAACUCCAGUUUUAUUCAAAGAAUAUUGUGUUAUUUACUGUUUACCAAUGGGGUUUAUAGACCAAUGUUUCUAAGGCAAUGAUAUGAUUAAUAUAAUUGUGAUGCUUAAAAUGACAUUGUAGUUGUUGUUGUUGCUGUUUUAUGUAAGAUACACGAUAUGUGAUUCUUGUUUAUUCAAGUUUUUGUUGUUAAAUUGUUGCUACUAUUUUUUUCUAAAAAAUGCUUUAGGUACUAUUUUUCUGAAAUAACAGAAAAAGCUUAAUGAUAUGACUUUAAUAUUUUGUGAAAUUGAGUAAUUAUUGUACAUUUUGAUCACUAUUAUUAACCAUUUUAGUGCCAACAUUUCAAAUUUAAAUGUUACAUAAUGUUACAUAUUUGAAUAGAGUAUUAAAUGUUCAUCUACAUAAAUUGUGUUAUGGUGUUACAACAUCUUAUAUAUAAUUUAAUGGAUGAACAUUUGUCUGUUAUUCAUUCAAAUACCUACCUAAACUUGCAUUUUCCUGAAACAAUCUUUUGAAUUGUUGUUUUGACCUGUUUGUUUUUACUUACAAUGUACUGUAAAUAUAAUAGGGCAUCUGUGAUGUAGGCCAGUAGAAGGCAGUGCUGAAUAUUGUUCUUAGCAUUUAUUGUUUUGCUAUACAUGUUGAAUCAUGUUUUAAUUCUUAUUUUCUUUGCUAUAAAUAAAAUUAAGCUAAUUAAGUCAUAA